UCUAUUGCUAAAGUGAAAUUUUGUACAAUUUGUUAAAUAAACAUUUCAUAUCAAAUGUAAUUCGUGAAUUAAUGUGUUAUUGAGUUCGAUAUAGCGUGUUUUAGUUCAUCUUAAUACGUAAAUAACAAUAUACAGAAAAUGGCCCCGGUAAAGUUCGGUCUGUUCAAGGCUCGAAGCAGGGACUAUCAGGAGCAGCCCUCCACUGAGAACCUACUGCACACGAGUCAUAGCAGCGACCAUUUGGGCACUCCAUCUUCUCCUAUACCUUCAACCAGCAAGGGCAUGCUGGAAGACACGGCUUCAGCUGACCUUUCCGUGCUCAAUAUUGACAGCGAGGAUGAUGACACAAUAUCACAACAGAACAUAGUAACUCGACGCGUCAGUGAUACCAGCAAGAUAGAAGAGUCACAGAUAAACUAUCAACCCCUUAAAAACCAAGCAUCAGCAGACGCUACAUCCAUGUCUACCCUGAACUCCGACCAAGAAGACCAUGAGACCACGUUAGUAGACGAUGGAGAUGGCGCGUCUACUUCCUGCGAUGUCCUCUCCUUACAAUUUGAUGAGACGUCGAUAGCUGCCAGCGAAGACCUGUCGGUCUAUUGCGGGACUCUGAAGAAGACCAAGAAGAUUAGAAGUAAGGAAGAGAAGCAGUUACGAGACUUGGAUAUGUGGCAAGCUAGUAAUGUGGAGGUUAUGCAGAACCUCCUAAGCAGAAGUGGCACAUUGGAUGACCAAAUAAAAUGGGAGGCCAUAGCUACAGCUAGAGGUCUUUGCACUCUGAAAGACAGCUGCACAUGUGACGAUUGUGUGAGGGCGAAAUACCUCGCAGGAGUCACUGAUGGCGACGGAGGCCUGGGCGCUGCGCCCCUCUUCAACGCCAUAAGUGUCGGCUGCAUUGUCCAGUAAAGGGUCAAAGGAUAAAAGGACUGGAUGUCAGUUUUGACAUGUGUUAUGUGUCAUCUGUCAUUGGAAAAUUGGCGGCAAUGUGUUUUGUUUUUAUUGGUGGUAAUUUCGCAGUGUAUUUUGUUGGGUAUUGUUGUUGGUUUUUUGAACUCUGCAGUAUUAUAGUUACGGUUUUAGUUUCUACAUAUUAAACAUCUAUGUAACCUAAGAGCUGCCUCAAGUUUUAAUCCUAAUCACCAUUACUAGGUAGGUAACUAAAGAACUUAAAUCACGGAACCGAUUUUAUAUUUAUGUCACAGCCCUCAGCGUAUUUUCUGAUCUUUUCAUUCUAAGAAGCACUGCAGAGUUAAAAAAACAAUUAAGUAAUUAUACGGCUGGGCUAUGCAAUGUGUGUAUUACAUAAUUAUAAUAUGAACUACUUAUAUAGACUUUAGUGCAUAAAAUUAGCCUUAUUUUAAACCCUGCAUUAUCACUAAUCAUUGUAUUCUAUAUACAAUACAUUGUGUUGUUUUUAAACACACAAGUUUUACUGUUGUAUCUUAAAAUGAAUGAGAAAUAGAGCUGAAUCUUGCCCGAUAUAUGACGUCAUUAAUGCAAGAAACAGCUCUUUUUCAUUGUAAGAUACAAACACCACUUUUACAUAAUUUGUGUGUGUAAUUUAUAUUAUUCCCACGGUAACCAAUUUAUUACUAGUAUGAAAUAUAUUAAACAAAGAAAGGAGCUGAUUCUUUUGCUUGUCAGCUAUAAGAUAUUUCUACUAUUUUGUCAUUUUCUUAUGAUACAGAUUAGAAGUAUCACAUAACUUCCCUGCUUCUUUCAUUACGAGACAGACAUUUUAAACUAAACGAUUAAAAAUAAUUAUACUUAGUAUUCUGUUUAGUUGACGAAUAAAAGAAUGAGCUCCUAAUCAUUUUAUUAGUCUGACAUAAAUAUUGAAGGCGCGCCUUCUAUGUAGCUUGUGAUAAAUGUCUAGUCAAUUUAGAUAAGUGUAAUAUUUACGUAUUACCCCGUAUUGUAAUUCGUAAUAAUAUCAUGUUCGGAAAAAUUCAAUACACCUUUUCUCUACAAUAAAAUCUUCCUAUUGUACUCUAAACUGUUACCUUUUACAUUUGAAUAAAAAUUUAGUUUUGGUCAAUUUUGUACUAUUAUCAUUAAAAGUUGUUGAACCUAUCCUAGGGGUACAGUACAAACCUUUGAUUUAAAACUAGCCUUAGUUUGAAUUGUUUAAAUAAUGUUUUCUCUGAGUAUAAAAUUCUGGACUGUCACAAUAUAAAUAGAAUUUUUAAAUUAUCGUUUCAAAUACUUUUUGAUUAUAUGUGAAUCUUUUUCAAUUACCUACCUUUCCAUUUGUGUAAUAAAAUGUCUACUAAUGGCAGAAAGAAGAAAAUUAAGUUAAUUUAUGGCUUUAUAACUUUUUUGGUUCAAAAUAUAGAAAAUGUUCUCUCAACCAUGACUAAUGAAUAUUAUAACUUAGUGGUAGUUCUAUUUGUGUGUUCUCUCGUGUAAUUUUGUCGUUGCAGGCUGCAAAUUAGUUAGUAAGUGUAUUUUCUAUAAAAUAAUAACUAGUUAAGGAUUGGUACCCGGGUAGGGCAAACUUAUUGUUACAUUUUCAGAGUUGGGCUGUAGUCAAAGGGACUAAUAUGGGUGAAAAUUGAGUUCCCAGUAAGUAUACGUCUGCUUAUCCCUUUGGAGAUUAAAGGCGUAACGAUUUGUUAUGUAAUGAAUUUUCCCAAGUAUGAUAUUGUAUAGCAUUAAUUAUAUAAUUAGUAUCACGUGAAUUAUUCUCAAUCUGCAAGCGAUUUGACAAGAUGGCCUCUGUGUAAUUCCGUGUAAGACUGAAACGUUUUCUCUAUUGUAUAUUUAUAUAGGAAUGGGGGAGGUAUGGGAGUGAAAAUACAUAUAAAUGUGAAACCACUAUUUAUUGGUACUAAACUGUGGGAGCUAUGUACAUCUGUUUGUAAUUUUGUAUCUUGAAAAAAAUUUGGGCCAUUUUUGACUGCAUUGUAUGUUACUCUUUUAUAAUAGCAUUUGCACUGUGUGACCUUAAAUAUAUUUGUGUGGUUGGAACAUAUUUUAGUUUCUUUUGUGUCUAUUUUCUUCCAUCGUCAUUAAAAAACGAAAACCACUGGUUUACAAAAGACAUGUAGGUAAAUGCUAUUAUAAAAGUGUCGAAUUUGUCUAAACAUUAUAUUCCUGCUGGCGGGAAUAUUGUCUACUACUAGUUUUUUCUCAGUACUGUCUCGAACUAUACAAGAUUCACCUACAGGCUAGGUUUUCUUAGUAUAAAUGUGUAGUUAGAUCAAGUGUAUUUAGUAUUUAAUAUUGUAGUUUUUUCAUGGAUGUUUAGAAACACAGUGGUUCAGAAUAUAUGGUAUUAUAGUUGAAAGAUUGAGCUCUGUAUUGAUACAGAAUAUGACACUUUUGACGCACUAUGAAAGAGUUGAUUCCACAUUCUAUUCUUAUGAAAAGUACUGAUGUGAGUUAUGAAUAAAUUAAAUCAUAACAUAAUAUAUUUUAUAGCAUUAGCAGCACGUUAAUGCAAGAAAAAUAAAACUAAGCCAAUAAUGUCACCCUCGUUUGCCUCAAAUAUAAACAACACAAAUCAUUAAUAAAGAAUCACUUAAUACAUACCUACCACAAUAUUUAUUCAGAACAUAAAUGUAAAAAACAAAAAAAAAAAUAUUUUUGCAAGUAAUUUUUAGUCAAAUAUUAUUCUAUUAUAUAUCUACUUAUGUGUAUUACUGGAUAGAAUGUGUACCUAAAUUAUUGUGUUGUUUAAACAAGGAGCGGUUUUGAGAAGUAAAUUUUGAAAAUGGACUCUGAAAUCACUAUUGAAUUUCAAUAUUCAACUUGAAAAAUAUAUAUAUUUAUAGAAAUUGAAAUUUUUCUGCUAUAUUGGACACGGAUUGUUUAAUUUUAUAAUACUCACUGAAUAUAUUGUAUGGUAUUAUAAUAUACAGGUAGAUAUACGUAUUAGCAUAGUAUUUAUAUACCUUAUUAGGUAUACUUUCGUACUGUGUGUGUUUUAAAAUGAUUUGGCUCGAUAAUUGGUGUUUUAUAUUUCCAAUUACUAUUUAAAGAAAAAAAAAACAGUCAUUUAUUAAUUAAGCUGAUAAAAAUAUUAAUUCUGCUGAGCUGAUUCUCUUAAAAUAAUCAGCUCCUUCUUACUUUAUUCGGCUAUUAUCCAAAUUUUGAAUAAAACAUUGAUUAAAAUGUGUUCAAUACAAUUAAUUAUUAAUUCUAUCGAGCCAUAUCACAUUUUGUAUUACGUGUGUACUUAUGACAUGACUUACAAGCCUUUUAGUAUGGUUCCUAUACAAUUUCUUACUGUCAAUGAAAAAAUUUUUCAUUACUAUAGUUGUGUUAGCAAAAUAGUGUGAAAAUGUCACAUGCAUACUUCAUUAUCUAGUGUAAAGUUAUAUUUUGUUGAAAAACUACAUGAUAUUUAUAUUAUUGUUCCCAAUUUUAAAACAGACUGUCUAUCUGCACUAUAUUUAUAACAUUAUUCAUUAUUUUCUUACUAACUUUUUCAAAUCUUUACUGUCUUUAGUCUGUGCAGUAGUUACCCGUAGCCUUAUUGUUUUUAAUUCCAACUACUUAAUUAAACCCACUACUUAUUGGAUAGAAUAACAGGAUUUAGUAGAGAAGACAUUGUAAAAUAAUUGAUGUGUAAAACUGUAGGAAAAUUAAAUAAAAAUUGUUUUCCCUAUCAUGCCGACAUGUACACCUUAGCAGAAAUAAAAAUAAAAUUAUAUGUACCUACCUAUUGUUGUAUUUGUAUGUAAUAUUAUGAUCUACCUAUUUGUUCGCAUAAAACAUUUACAUAAUUGUGUUGUAAUAUAAUUGUGC